AUGCGACGAGAUCACACAUCCAUGGCAAGUGCAAAUCGACGUGCAAGCGAAGCGACUACUGCGUUGUCAGUCGACACAUUGGCAGCUAUUGAGGCAAUUACCGACGUAGAUAAGGACAACAGUUUACCAUCAAUGCCUCUUGAAAUUAGUGCCGUGAGUGAUACGACCAUGAGUAGCAGUGGUCGCUCUCGUUCUAGUUCCUGCUCUAGCUCGAAUUUGAGUGCUGACGCCCUAGACGACGGCUAUGGUGUACACGUAUUGUCGUCGUCGUCGUCGUCGUCAUCGUCAUCAUUAUCAGAUGAUGAUAAUGAUGAACUGGAAGGAGAGGGACAGAAUGUGGAGCAGGAUACGACGAGCCACUUUCUGGUCAAACCGAUGACUUCAGGACUCCAGGUGUGCCCCGUAGACGACUUGGCCGUUGAGGACGAAAAACGACGACGACGCUCGCGUCGGAAUCUGAGGAAGAAAAGCAACGGGAAAAACGCACCACUUAAUGGCGUUAGCCGCGAUGCAGAGAGUCUUCCAUCGAUGCCUAGACCAAUCAUGGUACGCACGCGUCGCAGUGGAAGUUCUCCGGUGCUCUAUGCGCCAGACAAGUCUACUAGUAGCAUUUCUUCCGUCAGUCGUAAUGACCCCAGCAGUGCUAGCGACAAAAGACACUCGUUGACAUUAUCUCCAGCUGCAUUAGCUCCAGCGAGCGAUCCUGUUUUCGCACCCGCCGUCCCUUUGCUUCGAAAAGACUCGGCAGCAAUACGAAGACAAUAUUGGAGCCAUUUGGGCUUCAGUCUGUCUCGCAGCGACUUGGAAAAGAGUACAGGGCGUAAGAAGGAACGCCGUGAUGGGUUGAAGAUACGGCUAAACGAUGCUGGGGACAGCACGAACGAAGAAGGCGCCAAAAGCUUUUUCCGGUUUAUCGUAAGCUGGUACGCGCCGGUGACGACUGUGAACGGCGAAAAAGACAAGACUUCACGGAAAGAUAGGGGACGCACAGCCAGCGCACAACAAGUGCGGUCGUCGCUUUUACGCCAUUCCUUGUCCAGUGUCGGUGGCGACAACAGCGACGUGUUAACACCAAAGAAGAGAGUGCAAUUCAACGAAGAAGCCGAGUUGUUUUACAUUCCGUUGCACCGUGACUACUCGAAGCGGCAACGUGACUGCAUGUGGCCGACACGCGCUGAGUUUGUCGCGAUGGUAGAGCGCAAUCUGGAUGCUGUCUACGACGAGAUGGAGCGUGAGUACGAGGCUCAACUAGAGAGCGAGUAUUUGGAGAAUGAAGGUAUGGCGCGUGAAGAGGCACGACAACGCACUAUGGAGGCUCAGCAGCAAAAGGCUGCCGAGUCAGUUGCUGAGUCGCAGCGUAGCCUCUCACCUCCAUUGAGCCGCAAUUCGAGUAUCACAUCAUUAUCUGUGCCAAUGCUUACACUAUCACAGAAGCAAGUGAUUGUUUCACCUCGUGCUCGCUCUUCCCAUGAUCUUCGCUUUAAGUAUCUGAAACAUCUUGGCAUUGACACUUAA